UUAUAUAAACAUUCUAAUGGAACGUGCUCAGUAAUCGUGAAGCCAUUGCGCGAGAUGGACUUCUGUAACAAGGUUGUUGUGAUAACCGGUGCCAGCGGCGGCAUUGGAGCCGACGCAGCCUUGACCUUCGCUAAACACUCGGCAAAACUUGUACUAGCUGCUAGAAAUGAAUCGAAACUCAUAGACAUAGCAUCAAAAUGUGAAAAACAAAAGCAAAUUAAACCACUGAUUAUUCGAGCCGAUGUGUCAAAAGAUGAUGAUCUGAUAAAUAUUAUUGCAGAAACAAUAAAAACGUUUGGUCGAAUCGAUGUUUUGGUGAAUAACGCUGGGCAAGGAAUUAAAGGAAAUGUUUUGGAUGGUAUUGAACUGUACGAUACAGCCAUGAAUGUAAACGUGCGCUCUGCUUAUCUAUUGACCAGUUUGGCCGCACCCUAUCUCGCCGAAUCAAAGGGGAACGUGGUCAACGUAUCCAGCGUAGCGUCAUUAAGGCCGAUUAAGGAUAUAAGCUUCACGGCGUACUGUGUCUCUAAAGCCGCUCUUGAUCAACUUACUAAGUGUGCCGCUUUGGAUCUAUCGCGUAAAGGUAUUCGAGUGAAUUCAGUUAAUCCCGGAUGUACGCGCAGUAAUUUCCUCGAAUCAGCUGGUUUAGAUGCUAAACUUGUGUAUGGAAAACGUAGUGAAGCACUGCCGCUUGGAAAAGUUGUGGAAAGUGAUGAGGUGGCUGACCUUAUAGUAUAUCUAGCAAGUGAUCGAGCGCGCAGUAUUACCGGUUCUGUCUACGUCAUAGAUAAUGGUGAAAUGUUGGUUUGAUUAUCUGUCUUGCAAAUUUUAUAAAAUUUAAAUUGUAUACUCUUAUAAAGAUAAAUGGCCCAGAUUAAUAUAAUAUUUAUAAGUGCCUUGCCUGCUUAGAAUUCUGUGUAUUAUUUUUAUUAACUAUUUGCCCACCGAUUGGAAUCAAAUCAGCAAACAGACGCACGAAUAUAAAUUAAUUUUGAAUAAAUAUUUAUUGUGCA